CGACCUUCUUGGCAACGCUGGCUCGCGUGGAUUGAAAAAGUAAAGCGACUCGAUCGGGCUCGGCUAAACAAAAGUUUGCAGUGUUUUUCGCGAAAUUCUUCAGCCAAACUAGUACAGAACUGUUCGGCUUAGUGUAACGCAUGCUAGUAAGGUGGAAUUAUUCAAGCAGAAGUGGAUUUAAACGGUGAAAAUCGACCCGCAAAAUAUCACUUUGCGACUGCUGGACAUCUUUCUCUUCGUGUUCCGUGUGUGUGGUGAAGUAUUCAGUGUGAGAAGCAGCGCGUUUUAAACUUCGGGAGUAAGUGUAAAAGAGACGGCCAAUAGUGAAAGUUGCCAGGAGCGAGCGGGACAAAGCUGUAUCAAAGGAGCUGAAAAAUUAUACAGCGUUAUACCGGAGGAAAAAUGGAUGCGGAAUCAAAUUUGACGGAAAAAAGUGCUGUUUCCUCUAAUAGUGUUCCACCACCAAGUGAACCGGUAGAUCCAGUUCUUCUCAAGGAAAAAGUGGCCGAUGAACUGAAAUCGGCGGCCACAUUGAAAGGAGGUGGAGAUGCCCCUGAUUCCGUUCCGCUGGAGAAAGAUGACCUCCUAGAGAGGUUGGACAAGAUUGAUACUGGCACCACGGAAGGUACUAAAUCCACCACUGGAGGAACAGGUAACUCAGAUGAUGUCGACAUGGAAAAUGAUGACCUGAUCCAGCGAUUGGAGGCAAUGGAAAAAGGCGAACAGGAAGGCUCUGCCCCUACUUCUACAGAACUGUUCGAAAACAAGGGAGAAUCUAAUGUCGUGGAUGUGAAUCAUCGAAACGGAAUAGAAGCCGCCAAUGAGAUGGAUUCCGGUUUGAGCGAUGAAAAAAUUGAGCAACCGAAGCCAGAAGAACGCAUGGAAGUUGAUGAUACGAAAAAGAAAAAUGAUGUUUCCUCUUCGGAAGGCGUAACAGCUGAAAAGACGACGAAUGGUGACACAGCAGAAUCGUCUAAUUCCACAAAACGUCGGCUUUCCGAUGAUGAAGAAGCCGUUGAACCUUCCAGCAAAAAAAUACACGUUGAUGAGGAACCAUCCCAAGCAAAACCAGAAGAGAAAAUUGAGCUGAACUCUGAAGAAAAAGAGAAGGUUGACGAACCAGAAAAAUCUACCAUAGUUGAGGAAAUGGUUGUAGAACAGAAACAAUCUGCUGCAACAGUGGAGAUGGUCAGUGAAACUCCGGAAUUUGAUAAAGAGCAGCCAAACUCUAAAGAACCAACACCAGCUGUAGAUGAUAAACCUGAUCAAGACGAGCCAUCAAGUAAGGACAAACCUUCGAAUUCAGAUCACGAAAAAACAGAAGUUCCUACGAAGAAGUUAGAUAGUAGUGAUACGCAUGAGGUGGAAAAUGAGAAGAACGAAAAUACCUCCUCUACAGAAUUGACGCAAGAAGCACAUUCUUCAACAACGCAUCCCCCCGAACCAGAGACCAACAGUGACGAGGAUAAGUUACUAGAGAGUGAUUCUAAAUCUACAGAAUCCGAUGAUGUUGAACCCUCAACUGUGUCUAAGUCGGUUGAAGCUAUCGUUGAUGAAGAAAAGUUGCUGUCUGAAGAGCCACAAACUUCAGAACAUGAACCCAAGCAGAAUAUUCUUGCAGAAAAAGAAGUAGUUGAAAUGAAGACGGAUGAAGUAGAUGAAAAAUCUAAAAAUACUGCCACUGAAGUAGAACAACAAAUGCAGACUGAGAAAGAUGUUCAAGGUGCUCCAGCCGUCGUCGAAAAGGAAAAAGAAUCCGAAGAUGUACUUGCUGUCGAAUCAACAACCUCCAAACCGGAGCAUGAUGUUCCUAAACCAACUGAAACUGAUGUAACCUCAUUGGAGCAACCCACUGAUCUGCCACCUCAGAAUAACACUCAAUCCAAACCAGAACCGCCGCCAGAUACUGAACCCGAAACAAAGUCAAAAACUUCUCCAGUCGAGGAUCAACCGAGCAGCUCUCUGCCGGUGCCAGCGGCAAAGAACGAAGAUACUAUAAGUUCUUCCUCAGAACCGAAAGAAGUGGCUGUGCCUAGCACGUCAGAUUCUACAGAAAAAUCUCUUGAGCCUGAUACAGUAACCAGCUCUGACGAGAGACCGACUGUUCAGUCGGAUGCUGUCGCGCCUGUUCAGUCAGAUUCACGUCCUACGGCACCUGUUACAGCUGAAGCAGUCGAAUUUGUGGAAGUAAUGGAAGUGGAUGCUGAAGCUAACGAAGAACAUGCGAAGGCGGAAGUUGCUGAGCCACAGUGCGAAAAGAAGCAAGCCUAUGAGUGCACUAACGAGGAAAAAGAGAUUGUUACGAAGUCGAUGCCUGAACCUCAAUCGGCAUCUACUUCUACCACUAAACCAACUCCAGAGCCUUCCACCGAGGAGGAAGUGAUGGAAGUGGAUUCUGUUCCAGUUGAGCCGUCUCAAAGCAAGACUAGCGAUGGCGAUGUGACAGAGAGCUUGAGCACAAGCACUGAAGAAAUGGUAGAAAACCUUGCAAAACUAGACGACACUGCCACCGAUGCCGAUAGUCAAAGCGAAGUUACGGCUACAACAUCGGCGCACAAUAAGAAUCUUGAUUCUACAGAUGGACCCGAAGUUCAAGCAUCAAAAGUCGAACCAUCAAAGACUUUGGAUGACAGCAUCGAAUGUACGCUACCGUCCUCCAGCUCGGAUAAAUUGGCAAAUCGGUUAAAACAGCGUUUGGAUUUAAUCUCCAAUGGGAGUAGUACUCCAAAUGCUGCAGUCAGUUCAAGCAACGUUUAUAAUUCUACUCCUAUCCAGAAGCAAUUCGAGGUAAGUUCGGAGGAUGUUAGUAAAAUCACCCGUCAUUCGGUGGACAAUAGUCGUCAGGACGAGACACAGGAGCACAGUGCCAUCGUCGCCGACAACUCCACGAUGGACGAAAAAGACACUACCGUAGCAUCCACCUCCGGAGUAACUGGAUCGUCCGAAAUGGAAAAAGAAUUAGCAGAAACGAGCAAGGAAAUGACAUCCACCGAUAAAACCGAAAGUAACUUAAAAGCAACCGAGUCAUCGGAGGUUGAUUCAUGUACAGCUUCUUCUGGUUUGAGCACUGCUGAAGAAAUAAAUCUGUACGCUAGCAACGCGAGAAAGUUCAAUGGUAUAUCUUCGACUUCCGAGUUGGAUGAAAAAGUUGGCACUGCACCGGUAAAUAUUACUGCGAUAGAUACCGCCACUACCACAUCCUCUACGACCAGCAAACUGGACCUCUCCACCGCCCUUACCUCCGAGGAAACCAUGUACGAAGUCAAUAUAUGGUUUGAUGGAACUGAACUUCAGUUUCUUUCGGUCGAAAAAAUGGAACAAAAUCUGUUACCAUCGAGGAAAGUGGGAGCGACAUCCACUCAAGAUUUGACCGGUACCGACUCUUCGAAACAGUCCUCCAAUGGAAGUGUGGGUAGUCUAGGACCGUUCUCUCUUCCUCCACCACGUCCCGUUGUCGACUUGGCCAUGUCACAUUCCAGCACAACUGAGAGCUCUUCUGAAACUGUUCCUCUCAAGGAUGCCCUCAUCAAAAAUAAGCACAGCGUUCGGGGGGCCAAAGGGCUUGCUAGUCUAAUGAUCGAAGAGUUUGAAAAGAUCAAGCGAGCCCUCAGCAACGAGGAUGAAGCUUCUGACAACGAGCAGGAUAAAUCAACUACCAUGAAAACCCCGCGAGGCCGACCAUCUUCUGCAGCAAAGAAAACUGCGUCUGGUCGAAAGCGUACUCAUACCGAGUCUGAGGAAGAGGAGCCGAAACCGAAACAGCCAGCGAGUAAGCAAGCGAAGAAAAGCACCCAAAAGGAAUUAUCUACAACUCCUGAGCCCGUCAAAGAGAACACCGAACAUUAUUUGUGUUGUUUGGCUCGAUGGUCUGACAGAAAAUAUUAUGCCGGAAAAGUUACUGCCUACAAGGGCGACAACAAGUAUAUGGUUCUAUUCGAAGACGGAGCCUCAAAAGCUCUGUCGAAGGACGUGAUCGUAAUCGGUGACAAAGACACAUUACCUAUACUUAAUCAUUCGGUACAUGCGCUAACUGGUGGCGACACAUACGAACCGGGUUUCGUAACGGAAAUCAAGCGAAAUGAUGACAACGAGGUUGUUUACUCCGUCGCGUUAGGCGAAAAGUCUGUCGAAGUGACCGCUUCCGACAUGUAUUUGAACGAAGAGCAAGCGAAAGCGAUCAACAAAGCGUGCAAAGCGAUCGAAGUACCAGAUGAGCUGCUGCAAUCUCCACAAAGCGGUGGCAAACGUGGCGGUAGUGCCUCGAACACACCGGCCUUACUGCACACCCCAGAGGAACCAUCUGCUGCCAGUGAGAAGGGUUCGCGAUCGACCAGAAGCAAACGUGGAGGUGCGGACAAAUCUCAGACACCAGCCACACCGGAGGCAGGUUACUCUGGCGGUGUUGCCAAAAAGGGUGGACGGCGUGGUCGAAGCAAAGCACAAAAAACAACAACCCUCCAGACAAGUGCUAUCUCCGAAAGCAGUGACGUCUCGGAUACUCUAGAAGAAGUUGAAAUACCGGCUCCCCCGAGCCCCGAAUCUGGACUGGAAUCGGUUGACGGUGUUCAACCGGAGCUCCAGCGAACUGAAAAGGAAUCGGAGAUCAGAAGAAUGUACUUGGUAGCAGAGUAUUUGGGUAACGGCAAUGAUCAAGCGUUAGAGGAAUUGUUGGGUCCUAUGCCGGGUAGUAAGACUUUGUUCAGGAACAAACAUUUUCUACUAACAUGUACAAUCCCUCCUAAAGGCAUCUGUAACAAUGUGGAUAAGGAUCCAAUGAGAAACAAAUACCACCGCUUCAGUAUGGCACCCUUUGUCAAGGAACACUUACGGCAGCAAAUCGAAGCAGGAGGCGGCAAAGUGUAUCAGCAUUUUGAAGACAUUCCGAAAAAUAAGUAUAAAUUUUGUAAACUGAUUGCGCCUCACCCGUCGGCCACGGCAAAAUAUGUACAGUGUUUGGCAGUGGACAUUCCAGCUGUAUCGCAUGAAUGGAUCAUCGAUUGCUGCCUAAAAUUUACUUUACUGGAUUUCAAACCAUACGCACUACCCUCGGGGUGGUCGAUUGUAGAAGGACGCUACAUGCGCUGGAGCUGCGGCCGAGCAGCUGACCAACGAAGUGGCGCGAAUCCAUUCGCCGGGUGCUGCAUUCAAAUUGCUAGUCUGAACAAAGAUUUCACCGAAUUUUGGAGCCGUGUGUGCAAGCUUGCCGGCGCUACGGCUAGACUUAUCAAGUGCGAGACCGAUCUGACCGCUAACCUUACCGGAUACAUGCUAACCGAUCAGGAUUUUCCAGAAGAUAUCAAACUGCGAGCGACACGCUACGGACUGCUUAUCGUUUCCACUGUAUGGGUAGUGCAAAGUCUCAUAGUAGGGCAAAUCUGCGCUCCGGAUAGCCACGAGAAGCUUACGCAAAUCUACCAGGACGAUGAUUACUAGAAAAAUGUUUUUUAUUAGUUUAGUUUGGUUUCUUUUUUGUCGUUUAUUUUUUUGUCACCUAAGAAAACUAAGUUUGAUUCGUACGUAGUUCAAGUUAAGUUUUUAUUUAAAGCACACUUAAAUAUUUACUCCUGUUACAAUUCUCAAAAAAAAUGAAUUCGCCGUUUAACGCAAUCUAUUAGAGCACGAAUAGUUUCCCAUUUUUUGUUUCUGCUACUUUUUCUUUCGUAUGUCCUAAGUCAGAAGUCUCUUUGCUUCGAGUCAUCAAAAUAUAGAUCAUGUUUGAAUCAAAAACUAGAGGCAAACCAUAGAUUAGAAAAGUAAUGCAAACCAUUUGGUUCGUACGACCUUUUGCAAGUAUGUAGUGCGUUCAAGUGAGCGAGUAAAUAUUUAUAACGGGAACAGGUGUUUGCAAGCAAGUCUUAGCUUAUUCAAAUACCCACAACUCAAUUGAUAUAGUAUCAUUUUGUUGAGCUCAUUUGCGUCUCCGUUAUUUUAUGUUUGCACUAAUUGAGCUUAGGAUAUCCUUUUCAUUGUUAAGUUUUCAUUCAAAAGUGUCUUAUAGGUCUAAAAUGAUCCUUCAACAUAACAUUCUGAAUAACACCUGAACAAAAUCAAACUAAAAUAUCUGCAUCAUAAAACGAUAGAAAUUUAAAAAAUUG